AGGACCAGAGGUCUUGGUCUGCAGAACUCUCUCCACCUGCCCUGUGGUUCCGGACGGAGCCUCAUCCUCUCCAGAGAUGGCCUGGAGACAGCUGCUCCUUGUCACCUGUUUCUCGGCCGCGAUGCUCCUGUGCAUGAUGCAGGAGGGGACCGGCGCAUCCGUGGGCACCGGGCAGGGGCCUGGACAAGAGGCCCGGAAAGGUGUGAAACAGAAGGUUUUCGUGCAGGAAUCAGACGCCUCGAAUUUCCUCAAGAAGCGUGGCAAGCGGUCCCCCAAGUCCCGAGAGGAGGUCACUGCGGAGAACAGGCAGAAGCUGCGGGCUGACGAGCUACGAAGGGAAUAUCACGAGGAACAACGGAACGAGUUUGAGAACUUUGUGGAGGAGCAAAACGAUGAACAGGAAGAGAGGAACCGGGAGGCUAUUGAGCAGUGGCGCCAGUGGCAUUACGAUGGCCUGUACCCACCAUAUCUCUAUAACCGCCACCACAUCUGACCUCGUCCUGAUGAACCUGGAAGAUGGAGCUUGAAAUGCACGUACUCACCCAGUGUUCCACCCCAGAUGUGGAGCAGCUCUCUCCCACACAAACAGGCCCUUAAACACAUAAGGCCUUUCGUUCUGAUGGAUAAAAUGCCCUGGCUUUCGCUUCUUUGCAGAUGAAUUCUGAGGCGAGCCUAUGGGGCCGCCUAGCACCAAACCUACAGUUUCCUCUGCUUAGCCAUUAUUCCCAAAGCAAGAGUCUCAUUCCAUAGAACAACGAAAGAAUCACAGUAAAGAGAGACGAUUACAUGUUUGCUUACAGCUUACAAAUAAAAAUGCUGAGUCAACAAUAAA